AGAGGAAGAGAGAGAGUGAGAGGGAGAGAGAGCUCUGGCCUGGCCCUGGAGCUCUUCUUUAGGUCAUAGCCUCUCUUCCUCUCGAUCGAGCUCGAGCUCGAGCAUGGAUGUAACAGCAAUGCAGGUAAGCUCCAUCCUCCUCGCCCUCCUCUCGAUCGCGGCCUCCACUCGAGCCGCCUCGCCGUCUCACCACCACAAUGCCGCCGCUGCCCCAGCGCCAGAGGUAAGCUCUAGCAUUCCCCCGCUUGCGUCCCCGCGCAAAUCUCCAAUCCCAAUCCUCGGAUCCCCAGCUCCAGCGCUUCCAGCCACUCCAUCGCCCGUUUCUCCGGUCCCCACCUCCUCGCCAGCGGCAGCGCGAAAGCCCACAUCGCCAUCUCCAGCCCCGGAAGAAGAACCUCUGCCACCAUCGCCACUGCUAGCUCCCUCCAGUCCUCCACCUUCAAACGCCACAGCUCUGGAUCCCGACCAGCUCAAAGCUCUCAGAUCUCUCAAGGUUCCCAUUCGCGACCCGGAUAACAUCUGCGCUCCAUAUCCAGACACCCCGUUCCAGUGCGACCAGGGGUACCCGACCCGCCACCUCGUCUCCCUCGCGCUUAGCUACUGCCCGGAGGAGUCCGUGCUCUCCAAGGAAGCGCUCGACGCCCUCGCCACCACCUUGAAGUCCCUCUCCUUCCUCCACUGCCCAAUGCCGGCGAUUGCCUUCCCCGCCCAGAUGACGAGCUCGCUCGAGUCGCUCAGCAUCGUCUCCAGCCUCGGCCGCGAGACAACCUCGGACGAUCUUACCACCACCAAUUCAGCAAUCACCGGCGUGUGGCUCGCCAGGUUCCACAGGCUCUCGCGGCUGGAGGUCCGGGACAUCGUCGUCAAUGCAUCGGGCCUGGCGAUCAUCCUCUCUAACAUGACGGGCUUGCGCGAGCUGUCGAUCUCCAACACCACCCUCGGCGGUCACCUCGUGCGCUCCUGGCCGGCCAACCUCACCUUGCUCGAUCUCUCCAACAAUCGCAUCCAGGGAGGCCUUCCCAGCCUCUUCGGCCAGCUCCUGCGCUUGGAGACCAUGGAUCUGGGUGGCAACAACAUCUCCGGCCACCUCCCGGAGUCUCUCGGCCACCUCCGCAGCGUCCGGAAGCUUGUUCUUAGCAGCAACGCGCUCUGGGGGCCGAUCCCAAAGUCGUUCGCCAACCUGACGUCCCUGGCGUACCUCGACAUGAGCGGCAACAAGAUCAACGGGAGCAUCCCCGAGGCUCUAGCCGAUCUCCCCAGCAUCCGCUACGUGGAUCUGCGCAACAACGAUCUGGAUGGGAUGCUGCCGCUAAACAGCUCCUCGAUCCAGCGCAUGAACAGCUUCCGGGUGGCCGGGAAUCCAUCCCUUUGCUACAACUCCUCCGCCACCUCGUCCAAGCUCGUUCUUGGGCUUGCGAAAUGCGACGAGGAUGGGAAUCCUAUUGUGCCAUCUUCGUCGCCCUCGUCUUCCUCGGGCUCUUCAUCUUCCACUUCGCCGUGGGGCGAUUCUUCUUCCGGAGAGCACCAUAGCUCCUCCUCGAGCGUGCACAAGAGCAGUGGCGUGAAGAAGACGGUGUGGGCGAUUGCAACUGCUCUGGGAGCGAUUUUCUUGUUUAUCGUUAUUGUUGUAGCAUUGUCGAGAUGGUGCAAGAACAAGGGCUGAUCUGCGAGUAUGCCAUAUAAGAAUGGUUAUUGAUACAAACAAAAUUGAUUUUCA